UACAGUAGGUGGCGACAUACAACUCCUGGUUUGCAGCGCUCCAGAUUGUUCGAAGAAGGAGAAGAAGAAGAAGAAGAAGAAGACAAACCGUUGGGCGGGUUCAGUGGCGGCGGUUGUUGUUGUUGUUUUAACGAUGCAUCAGUGGGAUUUGUGUCCAUUCUCCGUGACUCCAACUGCCAGUCUGUUGUCCAGAUGUGUCUCCAGAGGAGUUUUGUCUCAGGAGGAAAUAGACUCCACUUCCUCCAGGCUGAGCCCCACCUUCUCUUCUCACCUGCAUGAAGCUGAGCAGCGAAUUAGGAGACAGAGAAUGCUGGACGAGUUGCAGCUGGAGAUGGAGUUGCUCAAGAUGGAGAAGGAGAGCGCCGACGUCACACACAGAUUCUACCUCACUCGGAGGUUCCAGACAUUACAGAUGUUCUGCAGUCAUUUGCAGGACCUCCUGAAGGAUCAGAACAGUCUGAGGCAGAGACUGAUGAAACCACUGGGUCGCACCAACCUGCCCGUUCAGGCUCACCUGCACAGGUUUGUGGUGGACGUGGUGAAGAUGCUGCUGGACUUCAUAGAGACUCUGGAGGAGAAUCUGAUCUCUGUGCGCUGCAGUCCCACCACCAGAGACCGCCUCACUCAGCUAUUUUUAAUGUUUCAGAAUGCCUCUCUCGCCCAGUUACUGGACCACGUGGGGGAGGUGGAGAGUUUGUCCAAUCAGGUUCUACGGUGGAAGGAAGUCCGCAGCAGCAGCAUGCUGAGUGACAGCUCUGCAUGACAACCUUAAUCCUCCUUCUCCACUUUGUCCUGCAGCUGGAUGGGCAAGACAAACAUGGACUUUGUUAAUUGUGUGUAUUUUUAACAUUAUUACCAUCAUUGUGUCAAAUAUUAAAUGAUUUGUAAUAAUA